AUCAAAAGUUACAUACCCACUUCACCUUCUCCACAUCAAAAUAGACAGUGACUAUUUGUUGAGAGUUGAGAUCGCUUUUGAAUUUUCCUUUGAUAAAUAUUUUUGUGAAAAAUAAGUGAAACAUCGUUAAACUGGUUUUAAUGAUUUCAACUCUGGCCCGGACCACAACACAAAAAAAGAAACGAAAAAAAUUCACCAAGUCCUGCAAAUGAUCGAAUGGUGGUGAUUUUACUAUUGCCGCCAUACUCAACAAAUGGCUGUGAUGGAAGAAGUUCAAACGAAAGCAGUAGCCCCGCUACAACAGCAUCCACAACAUCGACCGGUGACACUGCCAUACCGGCGGCCAGCUAUGCAGCCGGCCACCAUCAACCAAAGAGCGGCCAAGAGGACGAACAUCAGCAUGGCACCGGAAAUGGAUCAUACUUCCACUAUCCACAAUACCACCACCAGGCAAACCAAACUGCCCCACCGUUACAAACAACAGGAACAACAACACUGCCGGAUGCAACACCAACCAUAUUCGAGUACAAUACCACACAACAUCCACACCAUCACCACCACCACCACCUCCACAACACAAGAAUAUCAGCAACACCAACUGACGAAGAGAGUAAUACUAGUCAUUAUCACUGUUUUCAGAGCCCAGGUUCAAUAUCACCACCCCCGCCACCACUACCCACAAGUAGACCACCGAGUUAUGUUCCUUUUGGCAGUGAUUGGCUGCCUCCGCCGCCGCCACCAUCACCAUCACCUCCAGAACCAAAGCUGUGCAAUGUGGUACCCAAACCACCACGUUAUCGGUCGCAGCAAACACUGGAAACCAUACCGGAACAUGUCUCCGAUCCAGUGUCCACCUCACCACCAGCCAAUGAGGAUGGCAGCGGGGACCCACCAGCCACAAAUAGCGCUUUCACAGGUUCGAUUCCAGUAUCGGGCAGCAGUUAUCACAAGAAGAGACGGAAACCACCAGCCUCACAACCGCAACCAAUCACCACCACCAACAAUGACCACAACAAACCGUCGUUCAAUGACUCUAAUUAUUUUACUAACACCACCACUAACUAUGUCCGACACGUAACCCGUGUUAAUUUCUAUGAUGUCGAUACUUCCCAGGUCGAGUACGAGUCAAGAGAUUACGAUGGCGAUGAUGGCGAGGCCGCUAACAAGGAUGACUGUGAUCUGGACGAUGAUAAUGAUUGUAAUAUAGAAGCUAUAACCAAAGAAGAAGAAUGGAUAACAAAACGAAAAACCGAACUUACCACAACACGUCAAAUCGAAACCCAUGUCAAGCGUUCGAUACGUUUUGAAGAUGGCAAAGUUAUUGAGGAUUCUGGUCCCAUUGUAUCGACAAAUACCACCGAGGAUACGGAUAAGCAAGAAACUGAAACGACAGAGAAACAUGAUUUGGGCCUGCCUGUUAAUAGCCUUAACAACGGUGGGGUGGAUGGCAAAAGCAAAGGUGCUCUACCACCUGGUAAUGGACCAAAUGGAGAACUGGCUGAAUUGGCAGGCAGCGGGGGGACACUGGUUAAAAGUCUAGUACCCCGACCGGCUGAUGGUCUGGUUAGAGAGAUCAAUGACAAACGUGUUGUGUCGCACGAAGAAACAAAGAACUACAUCGAAGUUGAGGAUGUGCAGCAUCGUGGUGACUUUUCCGAUGAGGCCUUUAUAAAAGCCGUUACCAGUGGUGUUGAGAACGUGGAAGAAGUCCUAUUUUCACCCGACAGCCAAAAGCAAUUGAUCCCAGCUGGGCCCCGAGUAAUUGCCGACAAGACGAAAUCCUUCAAGACCAUCGAUACAGAGGAUGUUGUUAAACGUUCCCUGGCCCAAGAGGAUGGUAAAAUCAUAACCGAACAAAAAAAGACCACAGAGCACGAGAUAAUUGUCGACAAGCAGUUGUCCGACGACGACGACGGAGCCAAAUCAACGGGCAGUCAGGAACGUAUUAAAACUAUUGAAACUAAUCAACGCUUCUUCAAACAACGUGACGAACAACAUGUGGAUCUGGUCAAGGAUGGAAAAGUGGUAGGCACCGAAAUGAAAUACGCCGCCGAAACCAUGCAAAUGGAUAAUGACGAUAUGUUGGAACGUCCUGACGAUUGGGAUAGUUUAUCAGAUCGUAUGCGAAAAAUGCGUAAACCCUACAAUAAAUCUGUAAUGCAGCACCCCAAGGCUGGUGCCAUAUUGAUGGAUCGCAAAGAUGCCUUGACCAAAAGGCCUUUGGAUUUUGACCGAGAAGAAGAGACUCGAAAAGGUGAAACAAUCAAAUGGCUGGAAUCACAUUUUGGCAGUGAGUCCACGGCAUCAAAUGACUCUCGUGAGGAUGAAGUGGAUGUCAUUGAACCCACCAAACGUACAUAUUUCAAUGUAACCAUCAAAUCGAAUCAAAAUCAAACUGCACCCACCAACCCAACCUAUGAGUCGGGCGACAAAAAGGUAUUUGCCAAACGCAGCGUAGAAUCCAUGAAUGGCGGUGUUGCCACCACCAAUGGAGCCAAAUACUAUCAGGGCAUAUCGAAUUGGAGCAAUCGCAAAGAGACCACAGCACCCGCCACAACGCCCGCCAAUCAUUUCGCCUCGAAAGCUUUUCGUGAUGAUCUCCAUGCCUCCAUCGAACGAAGUCAGUUGAGAAAAACUAGCGCCGUUUAUGCCUCCAAGGAUAAUUUGAAUUCCGACAAUGCGCCAUAUGUCAAGUCGAACCCCAGCGACAGUUAUGUCAGUCGCGAAGAUAUUCUCCAACAAAAACGUCAAAGUCUGUCCUCACAAUUUCUGGCUCGAUCAAGACAAAAUUCCCGCGAUCGACUAGAUGACGUCGAUAGAAUUGCCGCCCCAGCAUCGUUUGCAGAUGACGAUGAUCGCUACAUUAGUGGAUCGCGUACAGACCUUCAUUAUGGUUUGAAUGUCAAGGAAAAGGAAAAACGUAGCUACACUCGAGCCGAGGUUAUGGAUGAACCCGACUCACCGGCACCACCUCGAAAGGCCUCCUAUGUGGAGGAACGAGCUAAGAGUUAUGAACGAACCUUUGUAGAAAACAAUCGUUACAAUUCAUUGCAGCGUUCGGACAAAGGCACGCCGCAACGGGAAAUUACCACCUUGGAAAGACCUGUAGUGCCUCAAAGGCGACGUAAUGGCGAAAAGAAACUAAGGCAGCAACAUGAGCCGGUCAUGAUUGAUCUAAAGACACCCAUAGCAAUCAAUGUGCCACCACCCGACUAUUCACCACCACCACGCAGUCGUUCAUCUUCGCCACCACAUGAUGACUUCCACAAGGUACGAGCCAAAUCCUAUCCACAUCAGCUAUACCCGAACUCGUCCAGCCAAGAACAGAUGUCGGCUCGAGAGACCAGCACUUUAUUGAGGAAACAAAAUCAGAGAACAAGAUUUGCUCGCAAUACUCCAUCACCACCACCCAGUGCAGGCAUGCAUCAUCACCACCCACAUCAUCAGAGUCAGACGCUGAGACCCAGCAUGCAGACCACUCAGACCCAGACGACACCUUCAACCAUCUCCACAUCCACAGUGCAAUCGCAUCGUUCCAGCAAAGUGGGUAGUGCUAUUGGAAACUCUUUGCGUAAACUUGUGGGCAAACUGAGAUCGGCUAGUGUUGAGCGCAAGCUGCGCAUGAAAUCAAAGUCCAAGUCACGGGAUCAUUCCCCUGCCCCACCACCGGCAACAUCGGUAGGCCAAAACCAGCGGAAUGUUACCACAUAUCAGCAAUAUAAUGUCAUCGAUGGGCACAUAGGCGGCGGAGGAGGUAAUAAUCAUCACAAUACCACUUCGCAUGAAGAGUCCGAGGACGAACUUUCCACCCAUCAACGAAUCCAAUACCAGGCAAGCAAGACGGGCGACAGUGUCUACAGCAAUGCCAGUGUUGAUCGUCGUGCCAUGCUGCACUCCACUUCCUCGCAUCCGGUGGUGGGUAACAGCCACCGUGACAAUUAUCGCCGACAGGAGAGUCUUGUCAGCCCCAAGCAGCGCUACUAUUUGGGAGAGGACCCCUACUCAAGUACUCUCUAUGGCAAGGAGAAUGUCCAGGACAAUGGCAAAGUGCAGCGUAACGGGGGCACCACCACCAUUCACUACAAUGGUCGGGACAACAACAAUUCGACAUCCACCCAUACCCUUGGCCGAUAUCAAAAGGGAAAUUCUCGUUUUAGUGGAUCAACACCGAAUUUAAAUACCGGUUAUCGUAGUACCCAAACUCUGCCGCGGAAAUUAAAUGAUCAGCAACCAACAAUCCACCAAUACGAGACUCAGACCAUGAACAUCUCACGAUCCAAUGUGACGGGGAAGGUACAGAGCAAAUUGCGUCAGCAGCAGCAGCAACAACAACAGGCCGAACAACGCAUUGCAUAUCAACCGAUUGGACCGAACACGGGACCCCUCAAACCAGCCAGGACCUAUGCAAAGUCCUUGAAUCGCAGCAAAAGUUUCAGUGUUCAUGCAAUGAAUGGCAGCAACGAUCCUAGUCCCAUUUACAUGGAAAAGCUAAACGGCAACAACAGCAACAACUACCACAACAAUCUUCAAUCUAGCCAUGCAUACAAGUCAAAUCCUCAUCUCUACUCUAGCUCAAAGGAAAACGGUGCGCAGCAAACACCGCUCAAGAGUCCGUCGAUAGUCAAUCUGAUCAGCAGAAGUCAGCGUGACUUAACGAAGAUCGGCACAAAUGAAGACGAGUCUGAUACUUAUGGAGAGCGCCAAGGCUAUACGAACAACCGCAAAUACUAUGACGAAAGAAAGGCCACACCGCCUUAUCGGUCGGGAUCGUCACACAUUGAGGAUGAAUAUAAAUAUCGGGCACCGGGUCACUAUCAUCUGCAACAGAAACACUCGUUGGAUUCACGCGGCUCGGUGGAGAUUAACAAGGAUACUGCCAGCAUUAUAAGGCACGAAGAAUAUGUGCGGUCGAAGCGGGCACCACCACCUGCUGGUUCGACAAUUAUUAAAGUACGCAAUAUGGACUAUCGGAAAUAGCAUCAGCGUCGUCAUUGUCGUCCCCCUCAACAUCGCAUCUAAACUCAUUCCAUUAUCACUCAGUCACCUAUCCAUCAGCCAUCCAUCCAUUCGGCGGCUUUAGUUUCAUUUGACUGGUCAGCAAAUAAAAAUCCAAAGCCAUCAUCAAAAACAGCAUCAUCAUCAGCAACAUCGGAAUCAGAAUCAGAAAGUAUAUGUUAUCUGUAGACUAUAUUUUUAAUCUACUACUAAAAAUUAGUUUAUUUAUAUGCACGCACGCAUGCGCACUCACACACACACCACCCACUCACACACACUCACUCACUUAUAAAUCAAUUAAUGUAUAACAAAAUUGAAUGACGUUAAACCCCCCUUGGUAUUACCCAGACCCCUACAAGUAUUUUCAAUGUACUUAAUUAGAAAUGUGACCACCUAGAGAUCCUCACAAACCCUAGACGUCCUCACAUCCCUCCCGCCUUUCUAAAAUUUACAUUUAUUAAUGUUGUUUAUAGUGAAUUGAAAAAGAAAAACAAUUUAAUAAUCAAUAAUAUUCCACUAAUAAUUAAUUAAUUAUUGUAAACAUUUGUUAAUUAACAUAAUUUAGUUCAGUACUUACUACCUACCUUAAAAAUAUUAAAACAAGAGAAAAAUAAUUAUAUUAAUCUUGAUAAUAAUGAUAAUGUUACCAACAUUCAUAAAAUGGUUAUCAAAUGCAAUAAAGUGCCAAAAUUUAAUAACUGUUAAAA